CUUUGACUUCCGCUGUCGGAACCGAAUCAGCCAUUUUGUGUCGUCUUCACUUAAAAGAAAUCUCUUAUAAUAAUGGACACUAAUAAUGUUAAAACUUUUCACCAGUGUGUAGUAUGUGAUGAGAUCUUUCAACAAUAUGAUGAUUUAAAAAAACACAAUAAAAUACAUGUUAAAGAAGAGAAAACUGAAGAUGUAGAUGAAUAUUGUCAUGUUAAAGAAGAGAAAACAGAUGAUAUAGAUGAAUAUUGUCAUGUUAAAGAAGAGAAAACUGAUGAUGUAGGUGAAUAUUGUCAUGUUAAAGAAGAGAAAACUGAUGUAGAUGAAUAUUGCCAUGUUAAAGAAGAGAAAACUGAUGAUAUAGAUGAAUAUUGUCAUGUUAAAGAAGAGAAAACUGAUGAUGACUAUGUAGAUGUUGAAAACGAUUUAGAAACAGAUGAGUUGGUUUCAUUUAGCGAAAGCCGGUCAUUAAAGAUACACAUGGGAUUUCAUAAAUGUGAUGUUUGUAAUAAAUCAUUUAGUCACAAUGGUGAUCUACAGAUUCACAUGAAAAUUCAUAGUGGAGGAAAACCUUUUAAAUGUGAUGUUUGUGAUAAAUCAUUCACUGAACGUGGGAAUCUAGAGAGGCAUAUGAGAAUUCAUGCUGGCGUGAAACCUUUUGAGUGUGGUUUUUGUGGUAAAUCGUUCAGUGUGAAUGGUAAUUUACAGAGGCACAUGAGAAUUCAUACUGGUGAAAAACCUUAUACAUGCGAUGUUUGUCGUAAAUCAUUUUCUCGGGGUUACGAGUUACAGAAACAUAUGAUCAUUCAUACGGGAAAAAUAUCUUAUAAUUGUGAUGUUUGCGGUGAAUCAUUUUCUUCGAAUUAUCAUCUUCAAAGGCAUCUAAUAUCACACAAUGUCGAGAAACCCUACCAAUGUGAUGUUUGUAAUAAAUCAUUUAAUACCAGAAAAAAUCGACAGUCACACCAAAAAAGGACUCAUUCUGGGGAAAGACCGUAUACAUGUGGGGUUUGUGCUAAAUCGUUUACUAUUAGCAGCAAUUUAAAGACACACAUGAGAAUUCAUACAGGGGAAAAACCCUUUGAGUGUGAUUUUUGUAGUAAAUCAUUUGCUGGUGUUAGCGGUCUACAGAGACACAUAAAAAUACAUACUGGUGUAAAGCCUCAUAAAUGUGACAUUUGUGAUAAAUCGUUUAUUCAGAUUUGUCAUUUACAGGCGCAUAUUUCAACUCACACGGAAGAAAAACCCUACAGGUGUAAUUUCUGUGAUAAACCAUUCAGUCAUGGUACUUUGCUACAGAAACACAUGGUGAAUCAUACGAGGGAAAAAUCCUACAAAUGUGAAAUUUGUACUAUCUCAUUUAUUGCCAACGCCCAGUUACAGCAGCACAUGAGAAUCCAUACGGGGGAAAAGCCAUAUUCAUGUGAUCUUUGUAGUAAAACUUUUAAUAGAAAUUCCCUUCUUAAACGACACAGAAGAACCCAUACGGGUGAAAAACCUUAUAUAUGUGAUGUUUGUCGUGUAGCAUUCACAGAUAAAAGUAAUCUCCAUAAACACAUGAAAACCCAUUCUGGUGUAAAACCUUAUAAAUGUGAUGUUUGUGGUAAAUCAUUUGGUCGAACUCAUCAGUUAAAGGUUCAUAUAAGAACGCAUUCUCGAGAAAAAUGAUUGAUGUUUCUGUCAAAAAAACCUGCACUUAAUCCAUACUGGAUAGAAAACCUUAUAAAUCAUGUGAAGUUUUUUAGUAAAUCAUUUUUUAUGCCCACGUAUCACUAGGGACCGGGGGUAUCAUUCAGAUUUGAUGAAAAAA